GGCACCUGCAGAGUGGGUCAUGGAGCGCCAGAAGCCGCCCUAUGUCCAACCAUGUCAAGAGGACUGGCCAGAGGACUACAAGGUGUACGUGGACAAAAACGCCAAGUAUUCAUCCACUGUAUGUAAGGAGAUAUGCGUUGAAAUCCAUAUUUGGAAAGCCUGCUCGUGCCAGCCUAUCAACAGCUUUAUCGUGAGGCGUCCUGGGCUCGGAGUUCCUCGUCAAACUUGUCAAGAAGAGUUGGAUGACGUAGACGAGUGUGUGGAGAACGUGAGAACUAUGGUGUGCAGCAACGGUCGCAGCUGCCCAUGCCUCAGGAUGUGUCGGGAGAAGCAUUACGUUAAAAAAACAUCUAUUGUCCCAUGGUUCAGGUACAUCUACAAUUUGUCUAAUGGAGGGAUUGGAAGCGCGAUACCAGUAGCACAGAAUAACAAAGUACUCGCUGAGGUGGCCGUUUACCCAGCUUCUGGAAAAGUUUUGCAGCGUAGAAAAUCACCCAAAAUAAAGACAACUGAAUUGGUGAGCAGUAUCGGAGGAGUCAUGGGGAUGUACAUAGGCUUCUCCUUCUUGGUCAUCUUCAACAUUGCCGAUGUCGUCGCCAGAGCUGUUAUCGUCGCUGUACAAAAGCGUUACCGAAGCGCAUAAACAUCUCAAGUCCCUUUUCUUCUUUACUUCACCUGUAAUAUGUUAAAAAUUAAGCUGGUGAUUGUUCAUCUCACUCAGACCGCAGCCAAAUUUUUUUGUAAAGAUCAAUAGUCCCGAAUUCUUCUUCAGUCGUCCCCGACUACCACCACUCAUAGUUGCGUUAGCUAGGGUCGGGUACAGAGAAGCUUUUCAGGGAGGCAUACAUA